AUGGUGAAAAUGCGGUGGUGUCUAUUAGCUUUGGCGUGUGUGGUCGCGGCGGUCUACGCCGACGAAAAGAAGGAGAAAGAAAAGGAUAUCGGUACCGUUAUUGGUAUCGACUUGGGUACCACAUACUCAUGUGUGGGUGUGUACAAAAAUGGACGUGUGGAAAUUAUUGCCAACGACCAGGGUAACCGUAUCACUCCAUCAUAUGUAGCCUUCACCAGUGAUGGUGAGCGUCUCAUCGGAGAUGCCGCCAAGAACCAGCUUACGACCAACCCUGAAAACACAGUUUUCGAUGCCAAGCGUCUUAUCGGUCGUGAAUGGAGUGACUCCACUGUCCAACAUGAUGUCAAAUUCUUCCCCUUUAAAGUUGUUGAGAAGAACAGCAAACCUCAUGUAUCAGUAAUGACCUCCCAAGGUGACAAGAUCUUUGCACCUGAAGAAAUCUCUGCCAUGGUCUUGACAAAGAUGAAGGAAACUGCUGAAGCUUACCUUGGUAAGAAGGUCACUCAUGCUGUUGUCACUGUACCAGCUUACUUCAACGACGCUCAACGUCAAGCUACCAAGGAUGCUGGUGUGAUUGCUGGCCUUAAUGUUAUGAGAAUCAUCAACGAACCUACCGCCGCCGCUAUCGCUUACGGUCUUGACAAGAAGGAAGGCGAGAAGAACGUGUUGGUAUUCGAUUUGGGUGGUGGUACCUUCGAUGUGUCGCUCCUGACCAUUGACAAUGGUGUAUUUGAAGUAGUCGCUACCAAUGGUGACACUCACUUGGGUGGUGAGGAUUUCGAUCAGAGAGUCAUGGAGCACUUCAUCAAGCUGUACAAGAAAAAGAAGGGCAAAGAUAUCAGGAAAGACAACCGUGCCGUGCAGAAGCUGCGUCGUGAAGUUGAGAAAGCUAAGAGAGCUCUGUCAUCCAGCCACCAGGUUAAGAUUGAAAUUGAAUCGUUCUUCGAAGGUGAAGACUUCUCUGAAACUCUGACCAGGGCUAAAUUUGAGGAAUUGAACAUGGACCUCUUCAGAUCAACUCUUAAACCUGUACAGAAAGUAUUGGAAGAUGCUGACAUGAACAAGAAGGACGUCGACGAGAUCGUACUUGUCGGAGGUUCCACUCGUAUCCCUAAGGUCCAACAGCUGGUUAAGGAAUUCUUCAACGGCAAGGAGCCAUCCCGAGGCAUCAACCCUGACGAGGCUGUCGCUUAUGGUGCUGCCGUACAAGCCGGAGUUCUCAGCGGUGAACAAGAUACCGACGCUAUCGUACUUCUUGAUGUCAACCCUCUAACUAUGGGUAUUGAGACUGUUGGAGGUGUUAUGACCAAGCUGAUCCCUCGUAACACUGUUAUCCCAACAAAGAAAUCUCAGAUCUUCUCAACUGCCAGUGACAACCAACACACUGUAACCAUCCAGGUCUAUGAAGGUGAACGUCCAAUGACCAAGGACAACCACUUGCUCGGAAAGUUCGACUUGACUGGCAUUCCCCCAGCGCCCAGAGGUAUCCCACAAAUUGAGGUCACCUUCGAAAUCGACGCAAACGGUAUUCUUCAAGUGUCUGCUGAAGACAAGGGAACUGGAAACAGGGAAAAGAUUGUCAUUACAAACGAUCAAAACAGACUGACACCUGAAGAUAUUGAGAGAAUGAUCAAGGAUGCAGAGAAAUUCGCUGAUGAUGACAAGAAAUUGAAGGAGCGCGUGGAGUCUAGAAAUGAACUGGAGAGCUAUGCCUACUCGAUCAAGAACCAGCUCCAGGAUAAAGAGAAACUUGGCUCUAAGAUCAGUGACGACGAGAAGACAAAGAUGGAAGAAGCUAUCGAUGCCGCGAUCAAGUGGCUCGAAGACAACCAAGAUGCAGAUGCCGAAGAAUAUAAGAAGCAGAAGAAGGCAGUCGAAGACGUCGUUCAGCCUAUCAUCGCCAAGCUGUACCAAGGACAGGGCGGCGUGCCUCCCCAGGGCGCGGGAGACGACGACGACUUCAAAGACGAGUUG